GGGUAGCACGUGCUGAGCUGCGGUAGCCUGGGAUACCCAGCCCGUGUCGUUGUAGCCCUGCACGAUGGCGUCCAGGUAUGACCGGGCAAUCACUGUCUUCUCCCCAGAUGGACACCUUUUCCAAGUGGAAUAUGCCCAGGAAGCAGUGAAGAAAGGCUCGACUGCGGUUGGAAUUCGAGGUACCAAUAUAGUAGUGCUUGGAGUAGAAAAAAAAUCUGUUGCCAAGCUUCAAGAUGAAAGAACUGUGAGGAAAAUUUGUGCCCUUGAUGACCAUGUCUGCAUGGCUUUUGCAGGACUGACUGCUGAUGCUAGAGUAGUAAUAAACAGAGCCCGUGUGGAAUGCCAGAGUCAUAAGCUUACAGUUGAGGACCCAGUCACUGUAGAAUACAUAACUCGCUUCAUAGCAACCUUAAAGCAGAAAUAUACUCAGAGCAAUGGACGAAGACCUUUUGGUAUUUCUGCCUUAAUUGUAGGCUUUGAUGAUGAUGGUAUCCCAAGAUUAUAUCAGACCGACCCCUCUGGUACUUACCAUGCUUGGAAGGCAAAUGCAAUAGGCCGAAGUGCUAAAACUGUUCGAGAAUUUCUAGAAAAGAAUUACACAGAAGAUGCUAUAGCAAAUGACAGUGAAGCUAUAAAAUUGGCAAUAAGAGCUUUGCUAGAAGUUGUCCAGUCUGGUGGAAAAAACAUUGAACUUGCUAUCAUAAGAAGAAACCAACCUUUAAAGAUGUUUAGUGCCAAAGAAAUUGAAUUGCAAGUAACUGAAAUAGAAAAAGAAAAGGAAGAAGGAGAGAAGAAAAAAUUGAAGAAGACUGCCUGAUUCUUAGGGUGAACACUGGGAACUUUUAAUGUUUUCUUGUAUUCCUUGGAAUUACUUAGUGAAGUUAUAAAGGAAAUAAGUUCAUUUGUGGCGUUAAAUUUAGUUAUAUGCUGUUUGGAGAAUGCUGUCAAAACUUGUGGCUAUCUUCAGUCUGUUAUAUGAGCAAAUAUACAUUAGACAAAGAUUCUCUAUGAAAAAAGGUAUCAGUAAUUGUUGAAAGCAGUCAUAAUUCUACAUAAACCCUGAGAGUAUUCUAAAACUUGUCCAGUGUAUUACUUUUCUUCAUAUAUGCAGACUUGAUUAAGAAAAAAUUUCAAUU